UUAUUAAACCUUUUUCACUUGCACAACAAAAGAUUACACUACAAAAAAAAACACUGUUAAGUAAUAUUUUAUAUAUAUUUGUUUAGCAUUGUUUUAUAGGUGAUUCCCAUUGAAUUGCUCAAGAUUCUUUUAAAAUUGCAUAGUAAAAAAUACGAAGAGUGAAGAAUACCGUGUAUAAACUGAAAGAGAGAGGUAGUAAGCGAUAAAAGACUGUGUGAUUGAGAGAGAAAGAGAGAGGGAGUGAGCGAUAAAAGACUGUGUGAUUGAGAGAGAAAGAGAGAGAGAGACUAGAGAUGAAGUCAACAUCGCUGUUGUUGCGCCUGCGCAGCAUUUGGAUCAUGUCCAGCUGGCUGCGUCACGAAGGACUCGCCGCGGCUGCGAUGGUCGUGCGUCGGCGAGAGAAGCACCUGCAGCGUCUUGAGUACGAGCAAAAAUUGGAGUCAGAAGCGGGUGAAGUGGGCGUCGACGCGCAGGGCCGUUUGCGUCGCGUUCGUGUUAUGGACGACUAUAUUAUACCAGCUGAGUGCGGGCUCUAGAAAACCUUCCUGCAAGCGAGCGAAUCAAGAAUCAAGUUUCAAUUCUAAAUUUUCGUCCGAGCACAAUAUAAAUUAUUAAUGGGACACCUGAAGCAAUAACAAUAAAUAUGUCGUGGAUAUAAA